UUGUUCUCUUAGGCCUUAGCUGAAGCAGAAGGCCCUUUUCAAAUGGAGCUCUCAUUUCACUCUUUAACGUUCGCAUCCUACUGCAAGACAUUUGGAGAUUCAAGGUCAAAAGUCCAGAGUGCACUAGAUUAUAGAGCCUGUUCCUUGAUUAAUGCGAAACCAAAAGAACACAGACGAAAAUUAAAAUUAUCCACACGAUCUCCGGCGUUGCCAGAAACGGCUGCUUCAGUAGCCAUUGCUGCAGCAGUUGUGGGCGGUGCAGCAACAUUUCUUGCUAGGAGAACCAAAGCCUCUGAUGCAACUGAGGUUCCUUCGAGACCAUGUGAAGAUUGUGGGGGUUCUGGGAUCUGUUCAGAGUGUAAAGGUGAGGGAUUUGUGUUGAAGAAAAUGUCAGAAGAAAGAGCUGAAAAGGCGAGACUGACUGCAAAGAAUAUGGCCACUCGAUACACAGCUGGGCUUCCCAAGAAAUGGAGCUACUGUACAAAAUGUUCCUCCACUCGAUCAUGUACAACCUGCGGAGGCAGUGGAAAGUUAAGCUAGCCUACCAGUUUUGCUCGAACAGCAAUUUUGUUUUUGGACCAAAAUGUUGCUGCCCCAUAGCCAUGGAAGAUGA